UCCUCACCUCAGCACCAAUCAGCCACACACAGCGACAGGAGACGCGGACCGAGCAGAGAGCAGGCAGACGCGCAACACGGGAGGAAAAGGGGCGCACAUACAUCCACCGCUGCGAUCAACACAUUUUUCCUCUUCCUUUUUGACUUGCUUCUGCACUUUUCCACCUUUUUUACUAGUUUGGCUGAAACGACACAGAGAAAAAAAAUGCUCCUUUUGUUUUGAGCCAUCUGAGCGCACACACUGACAGAGAGACGCGGUGGCUCUGCUGCCCUCAGGCGGCUCCUCUGUGCGUCUUUUCUCGCAUCUUUGCAUUCAGUCCCCCUCUGCCUCUCUCCACAUAUCGCCCAGCAGUAAUGUGCGGUAACACAGUGGCGGGCUGGUAGCAUCUUGGGAGCCUUGUCUCAACAGGAACCCGAAGAAGACAAACCAGGAUGGUAACUCACUGUUCCUAAACAGCUUCAGCUCCACAAAGGCCCUUGCAUCCUCACACUGUCCUCCUGAACACUGACGAGAACUCUCCAGCCAUGUCUAACAUAAACAAUGCGCUUUGUAUUGAAAAUGGACAGAAUGCAGACGUCUCGCUCCUGCAGAAGGAUAAUCUUCAGGACGGUGGAUUAAGUCAGCUCUUGGAUUAUAAUGCAGAAAUGGAAAGGUACAGGUCGUUUGCGAACUUUUACAAAACAAAUGGCGCAUUUCCGCAGACUGCAAAAAUUGCCCGUAUCACAACGCCCAUUUUUCCCAGUGCCAGAAUUGGUAUGUCCCCUUGGAACUGUGAUAACGCCAUGCUCUGGGGAAGGAAAUCAGCGGCAAUAAACCCUAAUAGGACCAGCAUGCAUAGAAAUGACUCCCAGAGGCCGGGGAAGCCUGGCGUGCCGCCAGAGACGCUGCAAAUGGCAAAUAAUAAUUUCCUCUCUACCUUAUCCCCUGAACACUGCAGACCUUUAGCAGGAGAAUGCAUGAACAAGCUGAAAUGCGGCGCUGCUGAAGCAGAGAUAAUGAAUCUCCCGGAACGCGUUGGAACUUUUUCCGCUAUUCCGGCUUUAGGGGGCAUCUCAUUACCUCCUGGGGUCAUCGUCAUGACAGCCCUUCACUCCCCCGCAGCCUCAGCAGCCGUUACAGACAGUGCGUUUCAAAUUGCCAAUCUGGCAGACUGCCCACAGAAUAAUUCCUCAGCAUCCAGUGGAAACCCAGCGAAGAAGAAAAGGAAAAGGUGUGGGGUGUGUGCACCCUGCAGGCGGCUAAUCAACUGUGGUGUUUGCAGCAGUUGUCGGAACCGCAAAACAGGCCACCAGAUCUGCAAAUUUAGGAAAUGUGAGGAGUUGAAGAAGAAGCCGGGAUCAUCGCUGGAGAGAACGCCGGUCAGCAACGGUGAGGCUUUUCGGUGGUUUUUUUAGGAGGCGAGAUGUGGACCUCCAUCAAAAAGCAAGAGGACAGGUGGGACUCUAGACUCUGCCAGGAGCUUUUCAUGGACACACGAUGCGCCAUGCGGCCUGAACAUUUUUUGGAGAAGAUGCAAGGAGACAAAGUGAACAGACACAAACAUAAUGGUGUUGUUUUAACUCUGUAAUUUCCUUUUUUUUUCUUGUGUAAUUAUUGUACCUUUUGACGGUAUCAUUAUGUAUAUUUUUGGUGUCUAUGAAUGUGUUUUCAGUGUCAAGGCUGUAGGUUUUACAGCCCGCCCUGUGUAAAGAACUCAAACAGACAAUCAUACAAUCACACUGAAUCUGAUAAAAAGAAGAGGCCACAAGGAUCGAUUAUUGAACAAACACCUGUCCCGCUGGAGCAAUAACUAAUUCUGAUGAUUAUUCCUCAUAUUCACACUUCAGUAAUAUUUUACAUUUCCCCAAACUAAGUACCACUCUAGUUUUUUUUUUAUUUACACUCUAAAAACUGCUGGGUUAAAAAAAAAGUUUAAAUAAUAUUUAAAAUAUUUAAAAUUACCCAUAUUAUGGGUAAUUUUGCAAAGUUUUUUCAGUCCUGAUAUAAAAUGGACCGAUCUAGUCUUGGGUUGAUCAAACAGAGCAAGGUUGGUUAAUUGGUUUUACCCAGGAUAAUGGCUCAAGGUUUUAACCCCAAAAAAUUGGUAAAAUAAAGAAAAAUCUAUUGUAUUGUCCUAAACCAUAACCUAGAUUUUUAGAAAAGGAAUGUGUAGGUCAAUGAGUGAUAUUUAUUUCUGUUUUAGUUUGGAUUAAAGUGAUCAAAAUAAAACACAAAACAACGUACCUACACAAAAAACUAUUUGGAUAUGAAAAUUCAUGUUCUAUGAAGAAAAAAUGAUUCACUCUUUGCAUAUUUAGAUCCAAAACUAUUUUUCAAACGUCUAGGUUUGUGUUGAAUUGGAAAUAAUAAAAAAAAGUUAUGUCUCAGUUCUUAAAUAAUGUUAAAAACAUUAUUCACACUUUAUGUAAAAACACUUGUCUUAAAUUGGAAAUACCGUUUAGGAAAAACUUGAAAAAUGCUGAAACAAAACUGUGUUACAUCUUUUAGUUACCAACAUAUCUGAUUGUAUCUUUAAUGAUUUACUUCUGUAUCUAAUAUAACUCAAGUUUUUCAAGUUAUUAGACCUCCUUGAAAUCACCCUAAUCUUUAGCUUCCUUCACCCUUUUUAGUUAGAUUUAAAGAAGGAAAUCUGCCUCAGCAAAACUUUUGUUUUAAUUUAAAAGAAAUAUCUUUAGAAGAAAACCCAAAACCGGUACACUUGUUUUCUUAACAUUUUCCACCCAUUUGAAUACUUUUGGUUCUAUCUUUAUAUCUGUUAGGAAAACAAGCUUGACCUUCCAUUUGAGUAAAAUGGUUAAGAAAUCACAGCAACCUAUCCACAUUAAUAUAUUUUUUUUAGCGUAAUGUUAUUUCUUGUUUCAACCCUUUGAUUAGGUUUAAUCUGUGGUGGUCAUUUUGUUAUAGAGGUGGUCAGUUAAGAAUUUGAAGACAUCUUCUCAUACCUUCUAAAUAACAACAUCAGGUUCUUUUAGAAUGACAUCCUUGAGUAUACAAUGCCUCUGACUGACUGUUUAAUAUAUUCACACAAAAUUAUAGGAUUUUUUCAGGAUUGGUGUAACCAAAAUACUAAUGAGAUUUUUUUUUUUAUUUCCAAUUUAGUUUAUUUUUCUUAAUGAUCAGAUUCUUUUUCCAAACAGCUGAAUUUGUCUUAGUUGUCAACAAAGGAAAAUGGAGCAGGCUAGGGAAGGCAGCCCUGCAUCACACUACAAUCUGUACCAAAACAUAUGAUCCCUCUGGCACUUCAUUUGGCAUCUUAGGUAAUAUAAAUAAAAUUCUGACAAGUAUCUACACAAUUGUUUAAAAAAUAUUUAUACACUGGUUUUACGACCAUACGUUUUGUUGCCAGCGCAACCAGUUUUGUGCUGCAGUGUCUGAUCCGCUGUCCCAACCUUUGUCGCAACAGUAGCAUCGAGACAUUUAAGAAAGAACCCAGCGUUUUUAUUUUUUAUUUUUUUUGUGAGAAAUGGUAAAACAGUUGACAGUGGUGUGAUGAUGGCAGCAGGAACAGGACUGAAGGAGUCUGUGUUGACACGCUCCAUAACAACAAGGCACAUUGUCUUACAUUAGAGAGCUGCACUUCUAAUCUAUAUUACCUGCACCUAAUGCCUAAACACUGACUGGACUUCCUACUGUCAUAAAUGAUUCAACCUUUACAAAAAUUAAUCGGUCAUUAUCUAUUUUUAUAACCACUUUUUUGGGGGGGUCACUGAAGGUUGUGAAAAAAGCUUGGAUAAAUCCCAGUAAAGCAUUUUAAACUACCGGUAUGUUGGAAAAUCUGGAAUUAAAUAUUGAACAGUAGAGAGAUUUUGCUCUGACGCUAAAGGAUAGUCUGGAUUUCUCCUUAGCAGAGUAAAACAUCUGUCCUUUUUACUGCAAAGUGGCUUUAAAACAUUCCAAAAAGCAAAUUAUUUAAUAAGUUACUCAUUGUCUUAAACCCAAAUGUUGCAUGUGUUAAUGUGUUUUGGUUUUAAAGAUGACUAAGAAUUUGUAUAUUGUUGUUGUGAUGCUUUUAUGUGUUAAAAUAAAAAAAAA